AUGGGAGUUCCAGCUUUAUUCAGAUGGUUAUCUCGUAAAUAUCCUAAGAUCAUUUCACCGGUAAUUGAAGAAGAUACAGUGACGGUUAAUGAUGUUGUUGUAGGAAGUAAAUAUAGUGACUCCAACCCCAAUGGUGAAUUGGAUAAUUUAUAUCUCGAUAUGAAUGGGAUUGUGCACCCGUGUUCUCAUCCAGAACAUAAACCUGCGCCAGAGACUGAAGAUGAGAUGUUUUUAGAUAUCUUCACGUAUACUGAUCGAGUUCUUAUGAUGGCCAGACCAAGGAAGGUGUUGGUGAUCGCUGUAGAUGGUGUUGCUCCUAGAGCCAAGAUGAAUCAACAGAGAGCGAGAAGAUUUAGAUCUGCUCAGGAAGCUAAAAUUGCCCAUGAGGAGAAGGAGAGACAAAUUGAAGAGCGUGAGCUUCGUGGUGAAUCCAUUGACGAAGCUCUCAAGGGGAAAAAGUCUUGGGACUCUAAUGCAAUCACUCCAGGUACUCCCUUUAUGGAUAGACUUGCUGAGGCUCUUAGAUAUUGGGUUGCGUAUAAAUUGGCAAACGACCCUGGUUGGGCCAAUUUGCAAGUUAUUAUCUCAGAUGCCACUGUCCCUGGUGAAGGAGAACAUAAAUUAAUGAAUUUCAUUAGACUGCAAAGGCUGGACCCUGAAUACAACCCCAAUACUAAACAUUGCAUCUAUGGAUUGGAUGCAGAUUUGAUUUUCCUUGGAUUAGCUACACAUGAACCCCAUUUUAGGGUCUUAAGAGAGGAUGUUUUUGCCGGAAACUCGAGGCAGUUGAAGAUCAGUGAUCAAAUCCUGAUGACCCAGGAGCAAAAGGAUAAUUUAACUGCUCAAGAUUCCAAGAAACCAUUCCUCUGGCUUCACGUAAACGUCUUGAGGGAAUACUUGGAAGUUGAGCUUUUCAAUCCUCAAUUGCCCUUCCCAUUUGACUUGGAAAGAGCUAUUGAUGAUUGGGUUUUCAUGUGUUUCUUUGUGGGUAACGAUUUCCUUCCUCAUUUGCCGCUGCUUGACGUUAGAGACAAUGGUAUUGAUAUUUUAGUAAACUGCUGGAAGCGGAUUUUACCAAGAUUGAAAUCUUAUAUCACUUGUGAUGGGAAUUUGAAUUUGGAUGGUGUAGAAAAAUUAUUGAAUGGUUUAUCUUAUAAGGAAGAUGAAAUUUUUAGGAAAAGACAUGACCAAGAGAAAAGAAGAGAGGAAAACGAUAAGAGGAGGAAAACUUUCCAAGAAGAAGAAAAGGCGUUAAAGAACCAAUAUAUCCCACAGGUAUCUAAAGGAUCUGACAAGGCACCAUUACAAGCGGAUGUCAACAUGCCCUUGAUGACUACAGGAGGUGAACUCAUUGAAGGGUAUGCCCAAUUGCUGAACAAGGAGAUUGUACAAAAUAGAGCUACUAUAACAAAAGCUAAUAUGAGCAAUGCGGAAGCAGCUGCAUCUUUGAAGAAAUUGCUUGAGAGUAAAAAGGAAGGUUCCGCUGUGGAGGCAAUCAAGGAAGCUAAUCAAGAAGAUUCAGAAUCAAGCUCUGCUAUGGAUACUUCUGCAGUUGGCACUCCUGUAGCUCACAACAAUAGCACUGAGUCAAAGAAAAGAUCAGCCGAUGAGAUCGUUGAGAACGAACCGGAUGAAAAUGGAGAUGCUGUGAGAAUGUGGGAACCUGGUUACCACAAACGUUACUACCAGACGAAGUUCGACAUAAUCAGUAAAGAGGAAAUUGACUCGCAACGUAAAGACUUGGUUAGAUCUUACAUCGAGGGAAUUUCUUGGGUAUUAUUGUACUAUUACCAAGGUUGUCCUUCUUGGCAAUGGUACUACCCCUACCAUUAUGCUCCAUUUGCUUCUGACUUUGUCGAUCUUAAGAGCAUAGUAGGAGAUCAAGGUGUCAAAUUUAAAUUGGGAGAGCCAUUUAGACCCUUUGAGCAAUUGAUGUCAGUUUUACCAGCUCUGUCAGGUUACAACUUACCUUUAGUUUUCCGUGACUUGAUGUCGAACCCUGAUAGUGAAAUCAUUGACUUCUAUCCAGAAGAUUUCAAAAUUGAUAUGAACGGUAAAAAGAUGAGUUGGCAAGGGAUUGCUUUGUUACCGUUUAUCGAUGAAACUAGAUUACUAGAUGCGGUCAGGCUGAAAUAUAAUGAAUUGACUGAAGACGAGACUAGUAGAAAUACUAAUAAACAAGAUGUGUUGUACAUACUGAGUCAAAACAAAAACCAUCUGAGAUUUAUCAAGGAGUUGUAUAAUGAGAAUGCUACUCUGGUCAUAUUCAAAUUCGGAAAGACUCUGCUUGCUGGUACUGCUAUUAAGGGCACAUUCCCUUUGAAAGGCAAUACGAAGUUUCCCUUAGCUGAGGGAGACAUGCCAAAUUUAAAUAAUGAAGAAUUUUUUUGGAGUUUCUACAACAUGCCUGCAAAGAAGCAAGGGAAGAGUAUGUUAGUGAAUGGCUAUAUCUCACAUGACAGAGUACUUACUCAAGAGGAUAAAGACACUAUCAUGUAUGGUCAAAGGGGAUAUCAAGGAGGUAAUAGAUUCCGCACACCAAAGGUUAAUGAGGGAUAUGUAAAUAAGGGACCUAGUGGAUCUGAAAGCUACAAGGUAUAUUCCAUGAGAAUGGGAGGAUACAGAUCAUUCAUUCAAGCUGUUGAUCAAGAGAUUGCGAAAAACAAUGGCCCAAAUCAACAAGCUCAAAAUUUUGGUCAAGGAGGAUUGGGUCAACAACAAAAUUUUAACCAGGGUUACAAUCAAAAUUAUGGUCAGGGAUAUAACCAAGGUUAUAACAAUCAAGGCUAUAACAAUAAUCAGGGUUAUAAUAAUAAUCAAGGCUAUAAUAAUCAAGGUUAUAAUAAUCAAGGUUAUAAUAAUCAAGGUUAUAAUAAUAAUCAGGGUUACAAUAAUCAAGGCUACAACAAUCGUGGCCAAAGUUACAAUCAGAGUAACAAUUAUCAACAGCAGAAUUAUGGCCAGAAUUAUGGUAAUCAAAACUACAACCAAAGCCAGAAUUACAAUAAUCAGAGACAAAACUAUAACCAGAACUACAAUCAGAACUACAAUCAGGGCCAAAACUACAAUCAAAACCAGAACUAUAACAGCAAUAGAUCUAACAAGCCUGCAGGCGGUUAUCAAAGAAACGCAUAUAGAAGAUAA